CGUGUUGCAAACGUAUAUCUACAAUACGUGAACGUUGUACGUGUUAAAAUGAUUUUAGUGUCAUACAAUCGCUUACUAACCGUAUCUGUGUAAAGUUAAUCCAAUUUUACAACUUUGUUGUCAUGGCAACAACGCCAUAUAGCCUGUAAAACCGGUAAGCGAUUUUAUCGCACUAAAAUGAUGUAGAACAGAUAUCUGAUCACACUCAAAUCAUGUUAACACGUAUAACGUUCACAUCCUGUGGCUAUACUUCUGCAAAAGUGUGUAUUUUAUUGUUAAUGGACUGGCCCCGUUCACUUCCAUUGUAAGUGCCUUAAUUAGGCUACUAUCACCCCGAUUUUUGCUUUUUAAAAUAAAAAAGGGACGAGUCGAAAUUACUUUCCGUUCUAAUAAAACAUUAUGCCACAAAGGAUGUUGAUUGAGCUUAACUCGUGUUGAACCUUAAACAGAAUGGCACAGCUUUUACGCACGGUGGGCUUGUCUGGAGACACUUUUACGCACAGUGUAAAUCACAGUUUAGAGAAAACGGGCUUUGUUCUAUAUGUUAAAUGGCUAUUUUAUAUACAGUUAUAUAUGAACAUGACUUGCAUUUCCAGGGUUUAAGAACUCUUGCGGCGUACGCACUUGCGCUCUUACUUCUGGCGACGUCCCAUACCUGGAGCGCGCCGAAGGGAAGCUUUCAGCGCAGGAAUUGGACGCCCCAAGCAAUGCUAUAUCUAAAGGGCACACAAGGACGGCGCUUUGUAGCAGAGGACAGAAACGAAGGGGACUUAUACGACACGAUUCGUUUGGAAUCACGCACCCAAAACACAGAAAAUCUGAGUAUUUCCAAAGCAGCUGCAUUUCUCUUAAAUGUCCUCCAACAAGCCAGAGAUGAGGGUGAGCCUUACUGAAACCUGAAGGUUCUACAUUCAUCUCUGUUUGAAGACAAUUAAAGUUAGAUAUGUGCCUCUUCUGUCAUACUGUGAUUCAUUAGGAUUUUUCUGUAAUUCCACUUAUAAUAAUUUAAGUACCUCAAAGAAUAUAGCAGCAAGAUAUUUUCAUUUAUUUUUUAUUUUUUAAUUAUUAUUAUUUCAGGUUUGAUAAUGUUUUUUUAUGAUAACAAUAUAUCCAUAUCCUGGAAAAGAGACCAUUUAUGAUGAUUAAAAUGAUGUGUAAUAUAAAGUAACUGUACCUUUUCAUUUUCUCAUGUUGAUUCAACAUUUGAAUUUAAUGCUCUGUAAAAUCCAUAUGAGAAUGAGUUUAAUUAAACUAAAUUUGCACUGAAAACCACUAUAGUGUGCGAGACUUUAAUAAAACAUUAGCGUGAUAUUUGACAAUUUUGUACUUUGUUAUUGAAAUUUACUGGAAAAAUAAUGGCAUUGAUGGAGAGAAAUAAAAUCAGAUUUGAUCUACAUAUUUCAUCAAAUAUUAUGGCUUCACUAAAUCAAUAUCCCAAAUCUGGUGGAAAGACUUGAAAACAACCAUAGACACAACUUUUACAUGAGCACUUAACCCUACACUCUUAAUAAUAAAACUUCUUUGCACUCUAAUCUCUGUCUUGGCUCAUACUUUUCUAAUACGU